AUGACCUCCCCGUACGCGAAUUGGCCCACUGGCAUCAAGACAGAGUCCGACGCCUUUGCCGGAAUGCCACCAAGGCGAAGUGGCAGCAGAGACCACCACUCCCCCUACGGGACCUACCCUCCGGCUGAGACGCACCGCGGUAUGGCAUCACGUACUGGUAUGCGGCCUCAUUCAAGCUCCACGUCGAGCCUUAUGGGCGCCAUGGGUCCCGACGCGGCUCAGAUUGUUGGCACCCGGACCUCCGUCACUCCGCCUUCAGGCAUGACCCUGCCGUCCUGGAACCCUUCUCCAACGUCCAGCUCGUCGUACAUGGGUCCUGACGACAUGUCAACCUACAUGGGUAUGUCUGGCGGCGGUCACGUCGGCACCUUCGCGCCCAACGCCCAGUACAGCGACAUGUUCGUGUCUCCGGAGACCUCUCCUCGCGGAUUCGAGUACCCGGGAUCGAUGAUUGUGUCUCCAGCGCCGACCCCCGCGCCCCGUGGAAGCCACUCUCCACAAGACAAGGACAUCGAGAUCAACCGCCUCCGCCAGCGCAUCCGCGAACUCGAGCUCGUCUCCGGCUCCGACCGGCUCCGCAUCCGCGAGCUCGAGGCGGAGGUCUCGCGCGGGGUGUACCACGGCGGGCUCCCCUCUCCGAUGCCCACACCGCACCCGCGGCUGUCGUUCCAGGAGGAGUGGCGCGCGCGCACGAACGCGCGCGCGAAGCUCUACUGCUCGCUGAACCGCGCCGGCAACGCGCUGUGCGCGUGGCACGACUCGCAGGCGCUCUUCGAGGAGAGCCUGUCGCGGCACAAGGUCGGCAGCUACCACCCGGGCGAGAACGUGCGCAUGGACCCCGCGCUCCGCAACCCGCUCCUCAAGCUCCUCCAGGAGCGGUACGGGUACCAGGACGGCGACUUCGAGCGCGACCCUGUCACUGGAAACUGGAUCGAGGGCGAGGGCGCCGCGUACUGGGAACAGCAAGUCGCCUCGGGCGCGCACAUGCGCCGCCGACAGGACUCGGAACGUCGCUGA